CAACUUGUACUUGAAAAGCUCCUUCCUCUUAUUUUAACAUUUUAUAAUGGCUUCGGGAAACAAUUUUAACGGCAAGAUAGCACUGAUUACAGGGGGAGGCAGUGGCAUAGGCCGUGCAGUGUGCCAGAUCCUCGCCCGUGAUGGUGCCAGGGUCAGUGUGUGUGAUAUCAACCUGCAGGGUGCCCAAGAAACAUUGGCAUCACUGAAACAGCCAGGCAACCAUGUUGCCUUGCAUAUGGAUGUGGCAGACAAGGAGUCCGUGCGUAGGGCACUCAGUGCCACUCAGGAGAUGCUCAAAGGCACUCCAACCUUGCUGGUGAACAGCGCCGGCAUAGGGAUCCGAUCGUCUUUCCUGGAGAUGUCAGAGGAUGCUUUUAUGAAGGUCGUCGACGUCAAUCUCAAGGGUACGUUCCUUGUGAGCCAACUCGUGUGCAACGCCAUGAUCGAGAGAGCGGAGGCCCAGGGAGGGUCUGUGGUGAACAUUGCAAGCUUAGCAGGAAGGAACGGCCUGGCUAUGCACUGCCAGUAUGCAGCUACGAAAGGGGGUGUGAUGGCCUUCACAAAGUCGAUCGCAAAGGAACUCGCCAAGACAGGCAUAAGGGUGAACUGCAUAUUACCAGGGGCCAUUAGGACACCCAUGAUGGCCGGUAUCCCCAAGGAACUUCUCGCAGAAGCUCUGAGAGUAAAUGCUUUGGGACGCCAAGGAGAGCCUGAAGAGGUGGCUGAAAUGGUCGUAUUUCUACUGUCUGAGAAGAGCUCGUACAUGGUAGGAACGUGUGUCGAAGUAACUGGAGGGCACUAUGCUUAAGAAUAUUCUAAAGGUGUGGUAAAGAGUUCCCUUCUACGUUUACAGGAAAUUAGAGAAUGUUCAGUUGAAUAUGGGAUGCAUUAUUUUUGUAAAUCCACAUCAUUUAUGCUCGUGAAAAAUAAAGAAUUGCUCAAAUAAAAUAAUCUGAUUUAA